UUCUCGGUCAAUAAGAGCUGUUCGCGAAAUGAACAAAUUAUUCAAUCCGAUUCUUAAAUGAAUCAUCCAGAACAGUUUAUUGAACCGGUUCAACACAUUCAUUGAAAAGAUUCGAAACACGAGCGAUUCGUUCAUCAUUCGGACAUCGAUAGAUCGGGUCAUCGACAACAACGUAGUAAAAUUCAGAGCAGUUUAUUUUCGUGUGCAAUGACAUAAAAAUGACAUAUGCUGCACAUUUUCCUCUGACUGCACAAAAGUAGUGAUUUCUUUAGAGGUCAUGGCGACGUCACAGAGUUGUUCUGCUGACUUUGUACUCGGCAUGGAUCUGGGCACCACAUCAGUUAAGGUCGUGCUGUUGGAGGCGCAGUCCAACAGAGUGACAGACAGUAGGAGUUUCCCUACAAACUCUGAUAUCUGCACCACAGACACACAUGCCAAAGAGCAGGAUCCUGCACUAAUAAUUGCGGCUCUGGACCAAUGCAUGGAUGCUUUACCCAAAGAAAAGCUGAAAAAAGUCAAGUGCAUUGGAGUAUGUGGACAAAUGCAUGGCAUUGUGUUGUGGAAAUCUAAAUCAGGCUGUGAAUGGCUAAGUAAAGAUGAAAUCAUUAGAUUCAUUCCCAAAGAAGACGUCAGUCAGCUGAUCACCUGGCAGGAUGGGCGCUGCAGCGCUGACUUCUUGUCUUCCUUACCUAAACCAGACUCCCACCUGAGUGUGGCCACUGGCUUUGGUUGUGCCACCAUUUUCUGGUAUUUGAAACACAGGCCAGAGUUCCUGUCAGAUUUCAGUGAUGCAGGCACCAUCCAAGACUACGUGGUUUCCAUGCUGGGAGGUCUUGACAAGUGUGUCAUGACUGGACAAAAUGCUGCCAGCUGGGGUUACUUCAACACAACCACCAACCAAUGGAACACACAAAUUCUGAAGGAGGCGGGUUUCCCUGUGCACCUCUUGCCUGUCGUGGUGGAGUCAGGAGCUGUGGCUGGUUACACUUCCUCUGAGUGGUACGGCAUCCCUGCUCACACACCGGUCGGGGCGGCGCUGGGAGACUUCCAGUGUAGUGUGUACUCCUGCAUGACUGACAGAGGAGAUGCAGUGCUGAACAUGAGCACUUCAGCCCAGCUGACGUUCGGCAUGCCUGCAGAGUUCAGCCCUCCCAGUUCUCCAGACACCCUCUGCCCUGUCGCUUAUUUCCCAUACUUGCACGGCUCCUAUCUGGCAGUGGCCGCAUCACUCAAUGGAGGCAAUGUCAUGGCCACAUUUGUCAGAAUGCUGGACUCAUGGAUGAAGGAAUUUGGAUUGGAAGUAAACGAAUCCAGAAUCUACUCCCAGCUGAUCCAGUCUGCCUUGGCACAGCCUAAUACUGACCUAACCGUGACUUCGACUCUACUAGGAGAGCGGCACGACCCCACCACCAGCGCCAGCGUCUCGCAAAUCUCGCCCUCUAACCUCUCUCUGGGUCACAUGACUCGGGCUGUGUGCAGGGGCAUCAUUGAAAACCUGGCCACUAUGAUGCCCCCUCAGAGCCUGCAGGCUGCUGGGGUGAGGUGUAUUAUUGGCAGUGGCAGCGCUCUGUCAUGUAACCCCGUUCUGCAACAGGAAGUGGAGAGAGUGUUUCCAUUUCCUGUAGUCUAUGGAAAAGAUGUGGACUCGGCAGUUGGAGUUGCCAUGGUGUUUUUAUUGACCAAACAUAAGAAGACACUAUGCCUAUGAUGUUUGUCUCUGAGACACCUGACCUACUAUAAUGCUCUCUGGUAGGACUGUGUUUUUUUUUUUUGCUGUUUAGUUAAAUGUAUAAAUAAUCACAUUUUGAAAUGAAGUGUAUUUAAUUUAAAAAUGUUUUAAUACUGUACAUCCAUCAGUUUAUAAUUGUAUACUAUAUCAUUAAUUUAACUUAUUGAUUCAUUUUUUGACUGUCAAGAUCUAAUGUUAAAU